UGCCAAACUCCGGAAGUAGCUCUCCAACUGUCGUCUGGCCUCGUGACACAUCAUCUCCGCAUUCUUGGCCACCUCACCACCCCCUGCAGCGACCAGCAUUGUGCAGACACGCAUAAAACAUCCACCACCGUGCCCCAAUCCAGCAUAAACUUCACGGAGUCUCGCAAUUGUCCUGCACCAUCUUGGACCGGUCUGUCGUCAGACGCGGGCCUACUCAGGGGCGGUCUCGACCAGGCGCGGAGAAGCCGCUGUUUCGAUCCAUUUUAUCAACCAGCGCAUCAAAACAAACGUCUCUCCAUUCCCCACAAUGGCUGGCGUUCUCUCGUUGGGUCCGGGGCCGAAAGACCUCGCGCGACAAAUUCUUGAACAUCAAGCUCCAGAAUACAAGUUCGCGUUCUCGCCCUUCCUCCUCCAGCAAUAUCAACACGGCCUUUCACCAAACCGUCCAACAUGCAAAGCCUACCUUCAGGGCCACUGCCCAUUGGGCUCGGCCUGCCCAGACAAACACACUGCCGUGAACAGCAACUCGAACUUCAACAACCUCGUCUGCAAGCAUUGGUUAAGGGGGUUGUGCAAGAAAGGCGACACUUGCGAGUUUCUACACGAGUUCAACCUGAGGAAGAUGCCGGAAUGUAACUUCUUUGUUAGGAAUGGGUACUGCUCUAAUGGUGAGGAAUGCCUUUACUUGCACAUUGACCCCUCUAAAAAACUACCUCCAUGUCCACACUACGAAAAAGGAUUCUGCCCUCUUGGACCGAAUUGCUCGAAAAAACAUAUUAGGAAGACUCUUUGUGAGUUUUAUCUCGCUGGCUUCUGUCCCGAUGGCAAGAACUGCAAGAAAGCACACCCCCGCUGGCCAACCGAGCUGCCCAAGCCGACCGUCAGGGUAGAGCGUGAUCCCGAGGAAGUUGCCGAGGAGCAAAGAAUAUUGAGAGAGAACGCCGAAAGAGAGGAGCAGCUCGAACGUGAGAAAUACAAUGCUGGCGAGGAAGGUGGUGGUGGUGGUAGAGGAGGUGGACGAGGAAGAGGACGAUGGCAUGCAUACGGUGGAGGGAGGGGCCGAGGACAAGGCCAGAAUCGGAGAGGAAGAGGUUAUAAUGGUUAA